AUGGCUGAACAGGAAGCUAUUUUUCGAUCGGCUGAGAUGUCCCUCAUUCAACUGUACAUUCCGACCGAUAUAAGUCGAGAGGCUAUUUUCACACUAGGUAAUCUUGGGGUCGUCCAAUUCAGGGACCUAAAUAAGAGUGUAAAUGCGUUCCAGCGUUUCUUCAUUGACGAGAUCAAGAAACUUGAUAACGUCGAAAGGCAGCAUAGGUUUUUCCAAUCACUGUUAAACGAAAACCUCAUAGAAUCAAAGGCUGACCCAUAUUCAGACGAAUCCUUCAAUUACACAACCAUUUUAUCUAAAGAUCGUAUUGAUGAUUUAACUGAAGGGGCCCAGUUUUUGGAAGAAAGACUGUCCCAACUGGUAGAGUCUCAGCAAGAUUUACAGAAGAAAAAAAUGGAGCUCCAACAAAUGCAACAUGUUCUAAAGGCCAGCGAUGGGUUUUUUCUUGUCUCUGGUACCCAGGAUUCGUUUGGAGAACUUCAACCGGACAGUUUUCUGGAAAAUGGAGGUCUUGCCGAUGUCAGUUACGUCACUGGUGUUAUCAAUAGAGAAAAGUAUUCUGUUCUGCAACAGAUACUUUGGAGGUCCCUACGGGGUAACUUGUAUAUGAAUUUUGAAGAGAUUGAAGAACCUAUCUACGAUACAAAUAGCAAGAAAUUUGUUGACAAGAAUGCUUUCAUAAUCUAUGCUCAUGGUGAAGUUAUUCUUUCAAGAAUUAGAAAGAUAGCAGAGUCACUUGAUGCAGACUUGUAUUUUGUAGAGCAAGAGAGAGCACAAAGGACAAAACAGUAUGGCAAGGUCCACGAAAGACUCGCAGACAUUGCCACAGUUCUGAGCACGAUUGAAAGAGCUUUAUUCGCAGAGCUGACUAUUAUUUCCCGAGAAUUACACGGAUGGUCCAAUGCCAUUAGGAUCGAAAAAUCAGUUUACCACGUAAUGAACACUUGUCACAAUGAUUUACAAAGGAAAUGUCUAAUUGCCGAAGGCUGGGUUCCGACUUUCGAUUUGGAAAAAGUUCAAGACAGCCUGGAACGAAUUUCGAAUUCGUCGCCUGCAGACGACCCUGUGCAGUAUUCCAUUCCAAUUAUUGUUAACACCUUAAGCACCACCAAGAUCCCGCCAACUUAUCACAAAACCAAUAAGUUUACUGCUGCUUUCCAAUCUAUGUGUGAUGCUUACGGUGUUGCAAGUUAUAGAGAGAUUAAUGCAGCCCUGCCAACAUCUGCCACAUUUCCAUUUAUGUUUGCUAUCAUGUUUGGAGACUUGGGUCAUGGGUUUCUUAUGUUCCUUGCCGCGGCAACAGAUGAAAUAUUCGAUAUGGCCUACGUUGGACGAUAUAUUCUGUUGUUGAUGGGGCUUUUCUCUAUGUACACUGGUUUUCUGUACAAUGAUAUCUUCUCCAUAUCGAUGACCUGGUUCAAGAGCGGCUGGAGUUGGCCGUCACGUUGGAAUGAAGGCGAUUCGAUUGAAGGACGCCAAACUGGUGUGUACCCUAUUGGAUUGGAUCCGGCCUGGCACGGGACUGAGAAUGCGCUGUUGUUCUCUAACUCUUACAAAAUGAAAUUGUCAAUUCUUAUGGGAUUCAUCCACAUGACAUAUUCUUACAUUUUCUCAUUGGUGAACUAUCUUCACUUUCAAUCUGUUGUCGAUAUAAUUGGUAAUUUCAUUCCCGGAUUACUAUUCAUGCAAGGAAUAUUUGGUUACCUUUCCAUUUGUAUUGUCUAUAAAUGGACUGUGGACUGGAUUGCUAUCGAAAAGCCUGCACCUUCAUUGUUGAACAUGCUCAUCUCAAUGUUUUUAAGCCCUGGAAAUGUUACCGAGGAAUUGUAUCCAAACCAGGCUAGUGUUCAAGUGAUUCUACUUUUGGUGGCUUUAGUCUGUGUCCCAUGGCUAUUGCUGUUUAAACCUUUGCAUUUCAAGUUCACUCACAAACAAAAGUAUGAACAUCUUCCUUCAAGUGACGAACCAUCUGACGAAGAAGCGAACAACUUUUUGUCCUCACUAAAUAUUCAAGACGACGAGGAACAUGAAGAACAUGAAUUUGGUGACAUAAUGAUUCACCAAGUGAUUCACACUAUCGAGUUCUGUCUAAAUUGUGUUUCCCAUACCGCUUCUUAUUUGCGACUAUGGGCUCUGUCCUUAGCUCAUGCUCAGCUUUCCUCGGUUUUAUGGUCCAUGACAAUAGGCUCCGCAUUUGGAAUGACUGGUUUGCUGGGAAUCAUAUUUACUUUCGUCAUGUUUGGAAUGUGGUUUGUUCUUACUGUAUGUAUCUUAGUUGUUAUGGAAGGUACCUCAGCGAUGCUUCAUUCUCUGAGACUACACUGGGUUGAAAGCAUGUCCAAAUUUUUCGAAGGUGAGGGAGCGCCUUAUCGGCCAUUUGCUUUCAAAAUCGUGCUGCUAGAUGAUGAAGAAUAA